UAGCUUAUUACAAAGUAGUAAUUCACCUCCCUAACCAAGAAUUGGAGGAAUUCAAAUUCUGGCGUUCAGUUCAUUAAUCAUUUGCCAAAGGCAAAUGCUUCUGCUCAAGCCAAAAUCAACUCAACUCUGCCUUUCUCGGUUAAUUUUCUGGCAAAACUGUCUAAGAAAUCUCAGCACAACAUCCAGUCAUUGUUCUGGCAAAGUUCAUGAUGAAGAAGAUGAUGACAAAGACCAGAAAUUUUGUGACACAAAAGAGAAUCAACAAGACCAUUUGUAUUUGUAUAAGAGCAAGGGGCAACAUCUUCUCACCAACACAAGGAUUCUUGACGCUAUUGUCCGAAGGUCCAACGUAAGACCUACAGACACCGUCUUAGAAAUCGGACCCGGCACUGGAAAUCUUACUGUCAAGCUCCUUGAAGCUGCUAAAAGGGUCGUCGCCAUCGAAAUUGAUAAAAGAAUGGUGGACAUUCUCCACAAACGUGUUGCUGAGAAAGGGUUGCAAGAUAGGCUCCAUGUUAUAUGUAAAGAUGCAAUGAAGGCGGAGUUUCCUCAAUUUGACCUCGUUGUAGCUAACAUUCCAUACGGGAUCUCGUCUCCUCUUGUGGCUAAAUUGGUUUAUGGAAGGAACCCUUUUAGGAGUGCAACGUUGCUUCUCCAGAAGGAGUUUGCUCGUCGGCUACUGGCCAAACCUGGGGACUCGGAGUUUAACAGAUUGGCUGUGAAUGUGAAGUUGGUGGCUGAUGUAGAAUUUGUUAUGGAUGUGAGCAAGAGGGAGUUUCUUCCUUGCCCAAAAGUUGAUUCCUCUGUUGUAAUGAUCCGACCAAAAGCUCAAGUCCCGGAUGUUAAUCUUGAUGAGUGGUGGGCUUUCACGAGGACUUGUUUCAGCAAGAAGAAUAAGACACUAGGUGCUACGUUUAAGCAGAAGAAAAAGGUGAUGGAGCUGUUGAAACUGGCCAAAACAGCCAUGGCGUGCAAGGAUUAUGAAUCGGAUGAUGACUAUGAUGGUGACAAUGAACAAGAAAAGACAGAUGAAGAAGAUGGCUUUGCAUCUGCUGCUUCUGAUUUGGAAAUGACUUUGUUCAAAGAGAAAAUCGUUGGGAUUUUGAGAACAGGUGGGUUUGAAGAUAAGAGGCCUUCAAAGCUGUCUAAUGAGGAAUUGUUACAUCUACUCUUCUUGUUCAAUCAAGCUGGAAUAUAUUUCCAUGACCAUGUACUUGCAAAAGGCUCAGAUAAUGUUGAAUUUGCUGCUGCUUAUAGUUCAUAGCAGCUCCAUUCUUCUUAGUGUUACUGUCGUUUUCAUCCUUCUAGUUCUCCUAGAAGAAAAUAU